AUAAUGUCUCUUUCAUCAUGUAUCAGGUAAAGCGGUAGUAUGGAGUAAUUUUUAUUUGAUUAUGAUAUCCUCUUAAUUGUUGAUCAGGAAAAAAAUCAUGUAUUUCUUCCAACGCUGAAGAAACAAUGACAUAAGAAGAUAUUAUAUAAGUUGACCAUCUUACAAAAGAUGCUACACUGUCUAAAGGGCAAGAGGAAAUUAAGAUUAGGCACUGGAAUCCCUUGUGAGCGGGGUUUGCACGUGCUAGUCCUAAGAGCGACCCAUCUAAGGCUUCAAGGACAGACCUAACCCCUUCCUUAAGGUCAACAGGCUCACGCCGUGUCAGACCUAACGCGGUUGCCAGAGGGAAGCCCAGAGAGUGAUCAGCUGUUCAGGGUUUCAGAUGGGGGUCUCCAGCACACCAUCAGAUACCCCCCUGGACCCGUUCCUGGAAACACUCCGUCUACGGUUACUCAAAGUUAUGAUGAAGCAGACUGAGAGUGUAGAGGAUGGUGGUGGGGGAGAUGGAGGUGACGGAGGAGGGGGAGGGGGAGAAGAGAAAGUUUCUGCCACAGCUAGCACACAGGUAACAGUUGAUGCCAAUGCCACCAGUGUCACCACCGUGACUGACAAUGCAGAGGAGACAUCUACCAAGACCACAACCAGCAAGUUUACAAAGACUACCAAGGUCAAGACGAUAAAGAUCGUCAAGAAGAAGAAUCCUAAUUCCCUCGUUGCCAAUGCCAUAGGCCAGUUCAACAAAAAGUCGGAGGAGGAGGUUUCACCUCCAAAGAAGAUUGUCUUUAAAAAGAGCUCUGAAUCUCCCAAGAAGGUACCUGGAUUGCCCAAGAAGAUCAUUAAAACUGGUGAGAAUGACAGUGACACCAAGACAACAGACAGUCCAGAGGCCAAAGAUUCCUCUGACUCAAAGAAAGAAAAUGGAGAGAAGACACCUACUAGUUCAAGAGCUUCAGCAGAGAAGAGCAGCAGUGAGAGUAAGGAAAUCCCAGCAAAGAAAGAACCAUCAGUGAAGAAAGAGUCUACAGAGAGAGAAGCCAGUACCCCUAAGACUGAUGCCAAAGACACCACAGACAAGAAGGAGUUUUCUGCUAAGAGAGAUUCGACAGAGAGGAAGGAAUCCCCUGAAAAAGACUCCAUUGAGAAGAAAGAGAGAGUGGCAAAGAGAGAAUCAUCAGAGAGAAAGGAAACCCCAGAGAAAAAGGAAACAGGUGAGAAGAAGGAGAGUAUUGCAAAGAGAGAUUCAUUAGAGAGGAAGGAAACUCCAGAGAAGAAAGAAACAGUCGAAAAGAAGGAGAGUCCAGUAAAGAGAGGGUCAAUGGAGAGGAAGGCAAGCCCAGCAAAGAGAGAUUCUCUAGAGAAGAAAGGGACUAUAGAGAAGAACAAAUCAGUUGAAAAGAGAGACACACCAGAGAGUAGAGAGAGCCCCUUGAAGAAGAAGUCUCCCUUGAAGAAGGAAACACCUGAGAGGAAAGGCAGUCCAGCAAGGAAAACCCCACCAGCCAAGACAGAAAAGGAGGUGACAGAGAGCAAAGAGUCCUCAGAUGUAAAGGCUGCAACAACCAAGGAAGCUGAAGGGAAGGAGGACAUUGCUACGAAAGAAAUUUCCAAAGAGAAUGCUGAAGCCACUACAAUUAUAGAUUCUCCCAAAGAAACAGCUCCAGAUUCUCCCAAAGAAGAAGCUCAAGAUAAGAGUGAGAGUGAAGACACUAAGGAACUGGCCAAGACAGAAGCAUCUCCUGAACCAGAGCCUUCAACAAGGGUAAAGGAACCUAGCAGUGUCAUAGAGAUAACUAGAGCUUCCUCAAGUUCCUCAAGAAGCAGCAAGUCCCCAUUGUCCGAGUAUGUGGAGGGAGCAAAAGCCAUUAGUGCAGAAGCGUCAAGUGGAUCUGUGGACAAAGUUCUCACAAGUGAAUCAGACAGUUGUGCAGAGGGUGCUAGUGCCACCCCAUGUAGUAAUGACUCUAAGCCUCGUGCUGACUCUUUAUUAGACUCUGACUCAGAGCUGAGUAAUGUGAGUGUGUUUGUUAUAGUGCGUGACAUGAGUAGCUUAACUGCGAGAGUCAACAAAGAAACGAUUGUAACACCUGCCACAUCAACAUGUGGCGAGCUUAUGCAGGAGGUAGGACGACGGUUCAAGUAUGAGCCAGAUUCCUUUUCUCUCAUCCUGCAAUGCUCCAAUGGUGACCAGGUUGAGAUUGACAAAAUGGAGGCAGAGCGCACACUAGCAGAUGCAAGAUUUCAGGUGGAGGGCACCCCACGUAACAACCUGAUUCUGUGUGACCUGGGUGGACACCCUCCCCGACGGACGGAUGAGGAUGAUCUUAGUCUCGGAGCCUCAGCCUCCCCUACAGCUAGUGCUAGUGAGAAAAAGUGGUUUGAUAGGAGUAGUACGUAUAGCAACACACCUGAAUAUUCUUACUCUGCAGCUCUCAUUAAACACGAGACAGGU